AUGUCGUCCUUCAGCUUUAAACAAGCUUUUGGAAGGGAGAAACCCCAUUCGUCGAUCACUGAUUGGGUCGAAAUCUUGACUGGACCCAAUAUCGCAGAAGAGGCAUACGACGGAAUCCCGGAAUUAGUGGAAUCGAUAAACCUGCAAGCCUCCGGACCUGCAGAAGCCGCCCGUGCACUACGGAAGAAGCUAAAGCAUGGGCAACCUCACCAACAGUAUCGGGCCCUUGUGCUCCUCAAAGCACUCGUCGAGAACUCUGGCGCCAAGUUCCAUAGUGCAGUGACUAGUGAUGGUCAACUCACCGACACCCUUCGUCUCGUCGCCUCCGAUCCUAUAGGGGACAAACGAGUCAAGAAGAAACUUGCUCUAGUACUGGGCGCUUGGCGUGAACAGUACCAGGACGAUCCUUCCAUGGCCUAUUUUGCCAACCUGUACAAGCAAUGUAGGAUCUCCGAGAGAUUGAAACAGGCGGACAUGUACAGCCUGUUGGGUGCCCCGCCUCUGGAAGAGGAUAAAAGGAAGAUGGAAAAGGCAAAGUUGAAGGAGGAAAAGAGGGCCGCCAAGGAGAGGGCGAGGGCUGAGGAGGAAGAGAGGGCAAGAGCUGCCCAGAAGCCCAGGACCAGGAGGGUACCCUUUGAUUUUGAGAGGGAUAAACCCAAGGUCCUGGAGAGUAUUGUGGAGGCAUCCCAGGCCUCAAGCAACUUAAUGAACGCCAUUACCCUGGUAAAUCUAGAGAAGGAAUCCUUGGAGGAGAAUAUUCGCGUCCAGGAAUGUCUAGCGAAGGCGAAACAGGCACGAAAGACCGUUAUGAGGUAUACACAGCUGGUCGAGAAUGAAGAGCUCAUUGGUACGCUGAUCGAGAGCACCGAGCGAGUAAACAAUGCCAUCGACACUUAUGAACAGCUCAUCGCAGCUGGGAAUGCCGGAGACGCAGAAACAACCGAUUCCAUCGCCUCGAAGCUUGCAGCCACCAAUCUAUCCAAUGAGGAAGACAGUGACCAGGAACUCCACUUUUCAGCAUCGAAGAGCAGGUCAACAGACUACAGCCCACCGCACCAAUCGAGACAGGUUCAUCCUGAUCUCGAGGACUUGCAGUUUGGAGCCCUAGGCUCAGCGUCCAGCCAUCUACCGCCCCCUCUCCAACCUUCCAGACCCGGAAACAGGCUCGAUGCCAAUGACGACGACAAUGAAUACAACCGCCGUGGCUCUCUCUCGGACUUUAGCGACUACGAAUCGUCUGACGAGGAAACACACAAAGCUAGGGCAGGCCCUUCGACAUCUCGAAAGGCGUAUGUCACCGUCUCGGACGACGAUGAUAUCGUUUCCCGGUUUACACCACCAAGCAGGUCGACCCCGUCGAAAGUAGAGGAGGAGGAUCCAUUCGCCGAUCCCUUCGCAGACGAUUUGGCAACAAGGAGAUAG